CCGCCUUUCACACUGCCUUCACAGAGAGCCGACACUGAAACAGAGCAGCAGUUUCCACCUGUGUCUUCCCCAACAUCCUGUCUUCUAUCCUCACCAGAAACAUGGCGCACCACAAAGAGUUUCAGACUGCAGGAAAGGAGCCCGGCCUUCAGGUGUGGCGCAUGGAAAACAUGGAUCUGAAGCCGAUUCCCAAACAACUUUACGGAAACUUCUACACUGGGGAUGCCUACAUUUUGCUCCAUACAACGCCUGCCCCUUCUCACAGCAUUCACAUGUGGUUAGGAAGUGAAAGUACCCAGGAUGAGGGAGGGGCUGUUGCCAUCUUUGCAAUCCAGCUGGAUGAUUUUCUGGGCGGUUCCCCAGUGCAAUUCAGAGAGGUCCAAGGCAAUGAGUCACUCACCUUUUUGGGCUAUUUCAAGUCUGGCAUCAAAUACAUGAAUGGUGGGGUAGCCUCAGGCUUCCAGCAAGUGGUGACCAAUGACAUGAGUGCCAGGCGACUGCUCCACAUUAAGGGUCGUCGGGUUAUCAGGGCCACAGAGGUCAACAUGUCUUGGGAGAGCUUCAACAAAGGAGACUGCUUCAUCAUUGACCUCGGAAAGGAUAUCUACCAUUGGUGUGGAAGCGAGUGCAACCACUAUGAACGGCUUAAGGGCUCCAAAGUGGCCAUUGAUAUCCGUGACAAUGAAAGAAAUGGCCGGGCCAAGUUACACAUGGUUGAUGAAGGUGAAGAACCAGAGGCAGUCAUAAAAGCCCUUGGACCCAAGCCUAGCAUCCCCUCAAGAAGCUCUGAUGAUGAAUCUGCUGAUAGUGCAAACAAGAACAAGGGAUCUCUGUACUGUAUUUCUGAUGCAGCUGGCUCCAUGAAGUUGUCUUUGGUGGCUCAGAGCAAUCCCUUCAGACAAGAAAUGCUUUCCCCCAGCGAAUGCUAUCUCAUAGACAAUGGAGCAGACAAUAAGAUCUUUAUCUGGAAAGGACCAAGCGCAAAUCCAACUGAGCGCAAGGCCGCUAUGAAGGCGGCUCAGCACUUCAUCAAAGAAAAUAAUUACCCCAAGCACACCCAGGUGCAAGUGAUGCCAGGAGGAGGGGAGACCACCCUGUUUAAGCAGUUCUUCUCCAACUGGAGGGACAAAGACCAGACUAGGGGUGUGGGGAAGGUCUACACCAUUGGCAGAAUUGCUCAGGUGGAGCAGAUACCUUUUGACUCCUCUACCCUCCACAGCAACAAGACCAUGGCUGCCCAGCAUGGCAUGGUGGAUGAUGGCUCUGGGAAAGUCCAGAUUUGGCGUGUGGAGGGCGGUGAUAAAGUCUCCGUGGAUCAGUCCAGCUAUGGACAGUUCUUUGGAGGUGACUGUUACCUGUUGCUGUACAGCUACAACAUGGAGAGCAGACAGCAGCAUAUCAUCUACACUUGGCAAGGGCUCCGGUGCAGUCAGGAUGAAUUGGGGGCUUCAGCUAUUCUCACCGUAAGACUGGACAACUCCAUGGGAGGAUCUGCAGUUCAGGUCCGUGUUACUCAGGGCCAAGAGCCACCUCACCUCGUAAGUCUGUUUAAGGGGCAGCCUAUGGUCAUCUACUUGGGUGGGACAUCCCGCAAAGGGGGCCAGAGCCAGGCCGGAAGUACACGGCUCUUCCACAUCCGUCAAAGCUCCAGUAAAGCUAAACGCGCUGUUGAGGUGGAGGCAUCUGCUGCCUCUCUAAACACGAACGAUAUGUUUGUGCUGAAGACAUCCAAUUCUCUGUUCUUGUGGAAGGGAGUGGGAGCCACUGAGGAGGAGAUGGAUGCAGCCAUGUAUGUCGCCAAGGUGCUUGGAGGAAGUGUCACUGAGGUGGUGGAGGGUAAAGAGCCAGCUGCUUUCUGGACUGCAUUGGGUGGAAAGAAGGAUUACCAGACAUCCAGGAGCCUGCAGAGGAUGAUCAAUCCUCCAAGGCUGUUUGGCUGUUCAAACAAAACUGGCAGGCUCAUUGCCGAUGAGGUGCCUGGAGACUUCACACAGAUGGAUUUGGCAACUGAUGACAUCAUGCUUCUGGACACCUGGGAUCAGAUCUUCCUUUGGAUUGGCAAUGAAGCAAACGAGGUGGAGAAAACUGGAUCACUCAAGAUUGCCAAAGACUACGUGGAUUCUGACCCCUCUGGCCGUAGAGCUAUUCCCAUCAACACCAUCAAGCAUGGGGCCGAGCCACCCACUUUCACCGGCUGGUUCCAUGCCUGGGAUCCGAAGAUGUGGGAGAAAGACCCUAUGGAACUCCUCCAGGCUCGCAUCUAACCUCGGCCACAUACACACUAACUCUCCCUGCCUAUUGCUUCUUGGCUUUAGUGUUUAAUCCUUUACUAGAAAUACACAAGGCAACAGCAGCUGCAGGAAAUCUGCAAGGACAUAAUCCUUAUUAUCUGAAGUAAGAUUUAAAGGCAUAAAGAGAGGCAAUAUCCCAUAACAUAUUCAGACUAUAUUUUGCUGGAAUAUUUUCUGGAAUUAUUUUAUCAUCAAUUUAUUGUACUGACUGCACAUGUAUGAUACAUUGAUAAAUCAGCCAGAGAGCCAAUUCAAAAAUAAAAACACAGAAUAUGGUAGCUAUAUGAUUUAACUUGUGUAUAUUAAAGUACAAUGUGGCCUUACGAUAACUAGCAGAGGUUUUUGUGUUAUUUCAUGCAAAAUAUACAACACUCAAUCUUUUCCAAAUUGGGACUGUAAACUCAAAUUUUGUUUGAGAGAUCCUACAAUUUAUUGUUUUCAAUAAACAUCCUGCUUUUUUGA